AUGGCCGUCACGUACAGAAAAAAAUUUGUUUGGUUUUUGUUUUAUAAAAUUGUUGUUUGUUUCGGUUUGCUGUUAUCGUCAAGGGUGGUUUCUUUUUCUUCUUCGACUAUGGAAGCAUUUUUGAUAGUUGUCGAUCAAACCGGAAAAGGUGAUUACAAAAGGAUACAAGAAGCAAUUAACUCGGUUGCUUCUAAUAAUUCUCAACAAAUGUACAUUUCGAUUAAACCAGGAAUAUACAGAGAAAAGAUUGUUAUUCCGGCUGAUAAACCUUUUAUAACGUUGAGUGGUACGGAGGGCUUGAAUACCACCAUAACAUGGAACGACAGUGGAGAGAUAUUCGAGUCUCCAACGCUAUCUGUAAUGGCUUCUGAUUUUGUUGCAAGACAUCUCACUAUUCAAAAUACUUUUGGGACAAGUGGGAAAGGUAUUGCUUUGAGAGUAUCCGCAGAUCGGGCUGCAUUUUAUGGGUGUCGAAUUCUUUCAUAUCAAGACACAUUGCUUGAUGAUUAUGGGAGGCAUUAUUACAACAAUUGUUAUAUCGAAGGCGCCACGGAUUUCAUUUGUGGAAAUGCUGCAUCUCUCUUUGAAAAUUGUCAGUUAAAUUCACUUGCUAAAAACUUGGGAAUAAUAACAGCUCAACACCGCAACUCACCAUCAGAGAAUACAGGCUUCAUCUUUUUGGGUUGUAAAAUAACAGGCUUAGAUAACGGCACUGUUCUUGGUAGGCCAUGGGGUCCAUUCUCUCGUGUCAUAUUUGCAAAUACGUACAUGUCAAAUGCAGUAUCACCAGAGGGGUGGCGUGAUUGGGAUGAAUCAAAAUACGAAAGGACUGUGUACUAUGGCGAAUACAAAUGUUAUGGUCCAGGAGCCAACAGAUCUAAUCGGGUUAAAUGGUCUCAUGAGCUAUCACACGAUGAGAGUGCACCUUUUAUGAACAAGACCAUAAUUGGGGGCAGAAGUUGGCUUAGACCUACACCAACACGUUUUAAGAAACACAUGCCUCAUGCCGAUUAGAAUCAACUCAUGUUUGAUAGCUUAAAUUUUACAUGGGUCAUGUGUCCUGAAUUUUGCUUUUGAUAAUGAUGCUAUUUGUAAGAACUUGUACAAUAUUUUUAUAUAUUAUUAAUGUAUUAUACUAAUGUUAACUAAAAA